AUGUUCUCAAAGAAAGAACGCACCCAACCGACGCCCUCCUCAUUAGACCUAUCCUCGCUGCAAUCAUACUCGCCAAAUUGGUCACCUCACCUUCGACUGGCCGUCUGCACCUCGAUCAAGUACGCUGUAAGGAGGCAUGCGGAACGCGCUGUUGCUCUGACCCAGAAUGUAGGUCCGUCGGCUCCAACAACAUCCUCGUUGGGUUCUCCGGUCUAUUCACUCGAACAAGAAUGGUCCGACUACGGCGAAAAAUUCUUGUCAGCAACAUGUCAGCAUCUCGGCAUACAAGAGAACUCAUUGCCACCGAAUCCGAUCAGUCUAGAGGACGUUCUGUCUGCUGCACGAGGCCGGUUGGAACACGCAGAUACUUCCGACCCCAUCUGCAAGCUUGAACCUCAGUACGAGUCGGGCUCAGACCACUCUCGCCGUUUCCCGAACCUCGACCUUCCCAUCAAAGGCAUCGACGAUUCCGAAAAUGCUCAAGGCAACAAAGAGAGAUCACAUGAUAGUGAAGGGCUCUCAUCAUCUGCAACAGCUGAAAGGUCUGCAAGCUUUGAACCUGCCGCAACUCUCGAGAGCCUGCGACUCAGUCCGUCUGCUACCACGGCUUCGCCUGCAUCCGAACACCUGUCAGAUGGCUUCUCCUACGAUCAAGACGCCCAGGAAUUGCCCGACUACUUUCACAGCCAGGCUGACUCGACAGCCAUCUCCAAUGCCGACAACGCGGAGCGCAAUCGCCAACGAAGGGUUCGAACCUGGUCGCAGGAUACGCAGGCCUUGGGCCCACCAAAGCGCAUGCAAGGCGCACUUGAUGCAGAGUCUGGUCAAGAGAUCGAAGUCCCUCAUGAGCUGCUACUUGUCGCUCUCGGUCUAGGACAGUAUCGUGCUCAGGACGGGGCUUCCACCCUCUUUGAGCAAGACAUCCUUUUCGGAGAGACAGGGCUUGACUUGCCUCGCUCCGAGCAACAUAAUGCUGAGGAUGCAAAAGACCCAGAAGGCCCGCCCUUACCUCCACGUCCUCGACAGUCAGGAUCGACUUCUGACAGAGCGCCCUCCAUGGUAGAAGCGGCUUCCGCAGCCAGCUCUGGAAGUAACACGGACGAUUCAAUGACAACUAUGACCGAAGCAGGAAGAAAGAUUGGAGACGUGCCCAAGAAUGCAUUUACGUCACUUAAAGCAGGCACUUUGUCUGGUUGGAGCAAGCUGUCAUCCGCAAGAAAGGAGCUGGUGGACCCGCAGAGUCAAGCGAAGCAUGCUGACAACUCAGCAAAGAAUGACGCCAAGCAGCCAGUCAAACCGAACGAAGUAUGCCACUACGACGCACGUGCACGCUCGCUGAUCUUCGUCGCUGUCUCUGCCAUGGGCAUCUCUGCAAGGCAAGUAUGGAUGGCAGAAAAGGUUAUGGCUCAAACAAUAUUCUUCAUCAUGAGCGAAGGAGACAAAGCUUCGGUCUCCGAGAACGGCAAGAGCAUCGUCGAGCAACUUCCAGCAGGAGCUUCGCUUGAUGCACGUACCGGCUCGAUCACACAAGCUUCACAGCGCUCAGAGUACAUGAACCAGCAUUCAGGAUCGGUUGUUCAGCGCGAACGCGAGAAGGUGACCUGGGGUAAGUGGGCAGCGAUGGGAGGCGGCUUCCUUGCCGGUGGCCUGAUCAUCGGUCUCACAGGAGGAUUGGCAGCUCCACUCAUCGCUCCAGCCCUCGUCGGUCUCACCGGUGCCUCAUUCCUGGCCACGUCCGGAGGUAUCAUCAUGCUGGGAACGCUCUUCGGCCUUGGCGGCGGUGGUCUUGCUGGCUACCGUGUUGAGCGACGCCUGAGAGGGGUGUCCUCAUUCUCCUUCGCAGAGCUGGUCACCGAGGCGCGCAAAGCCGGCGUUGCCAUUCCAAGUCUACAUGCAACCAUCUGCUGCAGCGGUCUGAUCCUCGAAACGGAGCAGCAGAUCAAGCCGUGGAUGCAGAUCUUCGAAGGUGCCAAAGACGGUCGGGAUGCAUUUGCUAUUGAAUGCGAGGCAAACAUGAUGAAGAAAGCAGGCCAGGGGCUUCGCUCAUACAUGCUUGACAACUUGAUUCGGACUGGAGGCACCAAGGCCGCCGAAGAAGUGGUCAAGAAGACCGCACUAGCUGGUAUCGCUGCGAUCACAUUGCCCAUGACCGUCUUCAAUGCAGCUUCAGCCACACUCGAUGGUGUCUUUGUGCGUGCAAAGACCAAGUCGUACAAGGCUGGUCUCAUCCUCGCAGAGACGCUGAGGAAUGAGGUCCAAGGCCAUCGACCCGUUGUGCUCAUCGGAACAUCUUUAGGUGCUGCGACGAUCUUGACUGCGCUCACGGAGCUGGCAAAGGAUCCCGAACGUACCUCACAUCUAGUUGACUCGGUCAUCCUGAUCUCAGCGCCCAUCACACCCUCUCCAUCCACGCUGCGCAAGGUACGAACAAUCGUACAGCGUCGCUUCGUCAACGUCUUUUCUUCCAAAGAUAUGGUCUGCGGUAUCGCCGCCUGGCUGGGCUCCGGCAUUUCCGUAGAGGAGCUAAGGUCAGGCAAACUGCCACGAGUCGCCGGCAGUCGUGCAAUCGACGAUGUACCGGGCAUGGAGAACAUUAACGUGUCUGAUAUCAUUUUUAGCCACUUCGAGUUGCACGAAGUCGAUAAGCUGUCUGCUAUUCUUGCACGCUGCGGAGCGCUGGACGACUGA